CAGCUUUAAAAUUCAAAUCACUCUUUCCUCUUUGUAGAGAGAGAGAGAGAGAGAGAAAGGGGGGAUCUCCAGAUCUGGCCGGUGAUCGCCGGGAUCCAGAUGUCGACGCGGCUCAAGGAGAGAGGAGGCGGGGGGAACAAGAUCAUGGCGUGCAAGCCGAACAACAAGGGACCACUCAACUCUACCCUUAACGAUAAGCGACCUGUCUCCGCUCCCCGGAGGAGCACCGUCGCCGUCGGCAAGGAGAACCCCAGGGACGUCUCAGUAGGGAGGGCCUCUUCAUCCCGUCGCAAGGUCGAGGAGAAGCCAGCACCACCAUUCGCUGCCGUACGCUUCUCCACGUCGUCUUUGCCGAGAGGUAAGUCCUGCAAACCCUCCGAUCUGGUGUCUGACAUCCGCGGAGAUCGCCGACCACCUAGGGUUUCCACGUCCGACCAACUGGGAAGAGCGCCGGGGCGGGAUCUGGAAGCAGAGGCUGGAGGGCGGAAGAGUUUCGGCGUUUCGGGUGCGUUGCUGCCGGGGAAGGGGCUUUACGACCAGGCUUUGAUGAGAAAUGCUGAGAGAUUAGCGACUGCGACUGGCGGCGUCUCGUACCUUCGUAACCCUAAGCCUAAAGGAGAUACAAAGUCCUUGGAUUUGAUCGCAGAGAAACUAGGUCGCAAGAGUGAUGGCGAUUUGAAUGCAAAAGGAUCCUCGAACUCCUCGAAGCAGAAAAAUGAACCUCCUUUUCUGGAGAAGAAGGUAACAAAUUUGAAGGAAAAUGCAUCUCUGCAAAAUAGUAAGAAUAAGACCUUUCUGGUCUCAAGUUCAAAGGCUAUCGAUGGAGAAACCCCAAGAUUUUUUCCCAGUGGCCUGAAGGACACAAGUUAUGCAGUAUCUAAUCCGAAACCUCAGGGUCAAACUGAUGAAAUUGUUGCUCAUGCUACAACAUCAAAUACGAAGAAGGAAGACUGUUUGGAAGUACAAUUGGAGCCGUCAAAAGAUGUAGGAUAUGAUGUUAAGAUCAAGGAUAUUCCCUGUGAGGAGGAGCGUGUUGAUUCAGUUCCGAAAGUUGAGGUUGCGCAUGGACGAUCUGCAAAUAUUAGGGUUUUUGAGAAGUCGAAUGAUGAUGUCAAAGGUGCUCGAGUUGUGUCCAAAUACCCUAGUAAGUUGCAUGAGAAGUUGGCGAUGUUGGAAGGAAAAGUUCAAAAAAUUGCAUCUGAAAUCAAGCGGACGAAGGAGAUAUUGGAUGGCAACAACCCCGAUGAUUCAAAGCUGAUUCUUUCUGAUAUCCAGAGCCAAAUAUGUGGAAUCGAGAAAGCUGUUGCCCAUGCAGUUCGUGGUACUACUACAUCUCAACAGGAUUCCUCUAAAGUCAUCAAAGCAAACUGUGAGGAUCAAAACAACUGCGUACCUGAUCACACAGAUCAAACAAUCAUUCCGAGCUAUACAGUUAGAGAAUUGAAAAAUGACGUGAUAGAAGCAAGGUUCUUCCCGCAUCAUAAGUUUUUAAAGGACAGGAACUCAUCUGGCAUUUUGGGAGGUCAUGGUUCAGAUCGCAGUGAUUCAGAUCUCGAAGAUGGUUCAUCGUGUUCUGUUGGCGAAAAUCCAAUUGCAAUGAAGUUCUUGGCUUCUCUAGAUUUGGAGCAAGGUGAACCUAGCAAACAUGUGAAUUUGGCAUCUGAGCACAUGACUGUACAAGCGAGAAUCAUCUCUGCAGCAGAAUAUGCCUCAAAGAAGAUGGUCAGCGACUAUUCCAUGGGGGGAAUUGAACUCGUGGCAGAUGAAAAUUUUGAAAAAAUUGACAACCUGGAGAAAAAAUCUGCAUUGAUGUUGCAUGAACAACCUAAGGGACCUUACAAAGAUCAGUUGUGUGAGAUUGGACAGAAGCCCUCGACUGGCGGAUGGUUUGUUUCUGAAGGAGAAGCUGUUCUUCUUUCCCAUCACGAUGGAUCCUGCUCGUAUUAUGACAUGACUAACUAUGAGUUCAAGGCUGAAUACAAUCCACCAUCAGCCAUGUCGAAUAAUUUGUGGGGUGAUUGUUGGUUAAUCCGAGCACCAGGUACAGACGGAUGUUCCGGGAAAUAUGUCGUUGCGGCAUCAGCUGGGAAUGCUUCGGAAUCUGGAUUUUGUUCAUGGGAUUAUUAUACAAGAGAAGUAAAAGCAUUUUGCAUAGGAGAUUCAACAGAUAACUCCCCAUCGCCAUGGCCAUCUAGGAUACCUCUCGGUUCGCUAAGUAAUGCCAGUCUGAGAACAUCACAGCAACAAUGGUGGUACAAGCCUUGUGGCCCGCUCCUAAUCUCCACUGCCACCAGACAGAAAUCUGUCAAUGCUUACGAUAUCCGCGACGGAGAGCUAGUGAUGAAGUGGGAGACUAGCAGCCCUGUGAUUGGGAUGGACUACUCGAGCCCUCUGCAAUGGCGAAGUAGAGGAAAGGUGAUCGUAGCAGGAACUGAAGCCAUCAGCCUUUGGGAUGUCAACUCUCUAAACCCACAGCCGCUAUUGUCUGUUGCCUUUUCCGGAAAGAGGAUCUAUUCACUUCAUGUAAACAACACUGAUGCUGAACAUAGCGGCGGCAUUCAACAAAGGGUGAGUUCAUCGGAGGUGGAGGGCAACGAUGGUGUCUUCUGCACUCAAGAAAGCAUCAAUGUGCUCGAUUUUCGGGUUCCGUCCGGUAUCGGGAUCAAAGUGUCUAAGCACGGAGGCACAGGCCAUUCGAUCUUCUCUCGCGGAGACUACAUAUUCGUCGGGAGCACCGAGGGAAGAUUGCCCAUCAAAGCCUGUCCGCGAUCCCGCAUACAGCAUUACUCAUUGCGCAAAGGAAAGCUCGUUGCGUCGUACCAACUGCCGGAAUUCAAUUCCCACGCUCACCACUCCUCGCUGACUCAAGUUUGGGGAAAUGGCAACACCGUGAUGGGCAUCUGCGGGCUGGGGCUCUUCGUCUUCGAUGCCUUUCGUGAUGAAAAUUCUCAGACCUUUUGCUUCGACCGAGGGAAUACGAUAGAUGUGAAGGAAACAAUCGGCCCCGACGAUUUGUACUGCCCUACUUUCGACUAUUCUGGAUCGAGAGUUCUGGUGAUAUCGAGAGAUCGCCCUGCUUCCUGGAGGUAUGUGUUAUGAUCAGGUAUGGACUAAGCUAUAAGUUUGUAGUGUAAGAAUGCCUUGGUAUUGCUUUUGUUUUACGUUUGGUGGUUCUGCGAAUAUCUUAUUUUGAAUGCCUUCUAUAUGCAAGUGAAAUUUUAACAGUAGAUUCAUGGAUGCCCAGUUUCUUAGUGAUUUUGA